UUGUUGGGGUGGACUCAUCCGCCUUUAUAAGAAGCGGACGUCACUUUUCCUCAUUCUUCACCAGCGAACUGAUGGGAUCGUUCAUCCAACGCGUGUGAGCCCCACCCAGGAAGCAUGAGUGUGAAGCCAAAGAAAAGGACGCGGACGUCCUUCGGGGCAACGGCACCGCCCUUCCUCGACUACCUAAAAGAUAUUCUGCGGCGAUAUCCGGAUGGUGGACAGAUCCUGAAGGAACUUAUACAAAACGCAGAUGAUGCUCAAGCCACAGAAGUAGUUUUCAUUCAUGAUGAGAGAAGCUACGGGACAAAAAGCCUUUGGACCGAAGAACUGGCAAAAUACCAAGGUCCUGCUCUCUACGCCUACAACAACGCUGCGUUCACUGACGACGACUGGGAAGGAAUUCAGAUGGCAGGAAGAAGCGUCAAGCGCAACGACCCGAACAAAGUCGGCCGAUUUGGAAUCGGCUUCAACUCUGUUUAUCACACAACAGAUGUGCCAAGUAUAUUCAGUUCAGGUCACCUUGGCCUGAUGGACCCCCAGGAAAAUAUAUUUGGAGAAAGAAACGGAGGGUUUCUGUGGUCUUUGGAUGAUCCUGAACACCAAGAAGCUCUGAUGACCAUGACUGACCAGUUCCAACCCUUUCGCGAUAUAGUUUCACUUGUAAGCAAAAGAAAAUGGUCAGAGGUCGUCAUGAAGGAUCAGCAGUUUGACGGGACGAUCUUCAGAUUCCCACUGCGUAAUGAGGCCUCAGACAUUUCAGAUAACAUCUACGUCUCUGAGAAGGUGGUUGACCUGUUCGAUAGCUUCAUUACCGAUGCAGAGUUGAGCCUGUUGUUCCUCAAAAACGUGACGUCCGUGUCACUGAUACACAUUAACGCCCACGGUGCAGUGAACACCAGGCUCAGAGUCACAUCCUCCGUCUGCCCGGACGUGCUUCAGGACUCAGCUGGGUCGGUCACAGAGAGCUCGACGAGGUUCAAGCUCAUCGCCAUCGAGUCCGAAUCUCGCCGAGAGACAAAGUGGCUCGUCACGACGUGCACCAUGAAGGAAGGCAACGUGGACAACCUGGACUCGCUCGCCCAGAAGCUGAGCUUCCCUCGGGUCGACCUGGCGUUCCCCUGCGGCGAGAAGAGAGCCUGCAGCGAGAGCCGACUCAGCUGCUUCCUCCCCCUGCCCAACAACGAGUCCAACCGGACCAUGCUCCCGGUGUACGUCAACGCGUGCUUCGGCCUCACAGACAACAGAAGACACAUCAAGUGGCAGGAGGAAGACCAGAAGCGCGACGAGCACGCCGUGUGGAACGAGCUGCUGAUGAAGGAGGUGUUCCCGCAGGCUUACCUCGCCAUCAUCCAGGACGCCAUCAGCCUCGCCCGGCGGUCCGUUCUCCCCGUCUCCUCCGUUUAUGACCUGUGGCCCGACAUUGCCCAGGUGCAGCACAAGGACAAAUGGCUUGCCAUCGCUCUGGACGUCCUCCGGCAGUUGUUCAGACUGAACGUGGCCGUCCUGUCUCUGGCCAAAGACGAGCAGACGUUCAUCACGCCAUCAGACGCCGUGUUCCCCUGUAACGGCCCGACAAGCGGCGACGUAUUAGCCGCCAUUAGAAGAACUCUGGUUUCCUGCGGGGAGAAUCUGGUCACGUUACCCGCUAACGUCACCACAGCUGUUAAUAGAGCCUACCCAAAUCUUCACGCCCUGAAACACGUGACCCCCGCUUUCCUGAGGCAGAUUCUCCGCAGGACGGAUGUGGACAAGCUCUCCAAAGACGACAAACUCUGCCUCUUGGAGUACGUCCUGAGCGAUGGACGCUACAGCGAGCUUAGGGGCCUCCAGCUGCUGCCACGCAGUGAUGGCUCCUUCAGGGCUUUCACAGACAGGGAGGAGGACGCUGCUUUAAUCGACACUGAACAUUUUACAAGAGUUUUGCUGCCGUGCUGCAAACACCUCUUCAUCCCAGAAGAUCUACGUCCAGCCUGCAGAACCCCUCUGAAAGAACUAGCUGAACAAAAGUUCUUCAAGGUCAUCAAACUCGAUGCAGACCAGGUGGCUGAGUAUACGAGGAGGUUUUUACCACAGGACUGGACGCAGACGGAAACAGGGUUGGUUACCUGGAACACCAGCAACGAUCAGCAUCCACCUUUAGACUGGAUCCAGCACUUCUGGAAGUAUCUCAACAAUCACUUUAGUGAGUUAAGUCAUUUCUGUGGGUUGCCAUUAAUACCCAUCAAUCCCUUAUCUGGCAGUCUGCCUGUAUUACUAGCAAAGCUACAGCGGGACACAACACUGAUUUUUCAGAAAAGCAGAGAGAGCACUUUACCAGAUGAAGUAGCUCAGGUGGUGAACAAAGUGGGUGGAACUGUGGUGAGAGAAAACACAUGGCUUAGGCAUGAAGACCUGGAGUCUUAUGUUCUGUCCCCUUCUCCGAACAACGUCAUCCGGAUAUUGCUUAGAGUAGACAUUGAGCCUCUCAUCGACAAACUCAAGAUGGCCCCUCACGGCACACGAGAACAACUCAAAGAUUAUCUCUCUCGUUCGGAUUCCCGCUCAGGGCAGGUGAAAGAUUUUCUCUCACAUCUACCUUUGUUUCUCACCAUGAAGGGAAAGUGUGUUGCAUCUCACUCUCAGGCUGUGCUUCAAACCCCUGGUCUAGCGUUGCCAUCAGAGCUCCCCAUGCCCGACACAGUCGUGCAGUGUGCUACUGAGGCCGAUCGUAGACUCUUAAAGAUGCUCGAAGUCCAGCUGUUGAACACCGCUGAGGCAGCUGAGGUUCUCAUUGACUGUAUUGAAAGAGGGGCUUGUUGCAAAGAAGACAUUGAGAAAACCAUGACUUGGAUUUUACAGCAUGGAAAUAUCCUUUUCUCCCAAAACCAAAUCUUGAAGCACAGAUGUGGGGAGUUGAGCUUCAUUGAAACGAAUGGAGAGAUGAAAAAGGCCUCUGACUUUUUUGAUCCUAGGGUUCAAACGUUUACAGUAGUUUUUAAGUCUGAUUUCUUCCCCCCACAGUCAUACGCCAACACACCACAGAAGCUUGCAAGCCUGAAAGAAUUAGGUUUGCUCAGUAAAGAAAAGGAUGUGUCACCUCAGCAUCUGUUACAUGCUGCUACAGUGAUUGAAAAACUAGAUGCUGACCCUCAAACUCAGACUCAGGCAAUCCAGAGAGCCCAGGUUCUGUUAAAAAUGUUGGAUGCCAAUGAUCUACUGUCAAAGUUUUCUCAUGAGCAACUUCUGCAUCUGAAAAUGAUAAGAUGGGUCCAGUGUGAGCAGCCAGAUAAUGACAAAUUACAGAGAAGUUGUUUGUUCUGCCCAAAAGAAAUUAAACAUUUCAUGUACAAGGACAUUGUCGGGCAUGUGAUGCCUCUGGUGGACAAGGUCAGCGACAGCGUUAGCAACAAACUUGGCCUCAAAGACCGACCUGCACCUGAAAAAGUAAGAGAGAAUUUGUCGGUUUUGAGAUUAAAAGCACAGAAAAUAUUUGACCCCAACACAAAUGUGGAUUUCAAAAGGAAGCUGCAUAGUAUUUAUAAAUACAUGCAAGACAACAUGUCUGAAUUUGCGGGAGUGUCUGAAAUGGACACAAACUGGCUGUGGAGCCACAAACAGUUCGUAUCACCACGGGAUCUGGUUCUGAAUUAUCCAAGUAAUUUAGAUCUAAGCGCUUACAUUGGGAAGUUGCCACAAGAGUUCUUACCUUACAAGACGCUACUUCAGAGGUUUGGUCUGCGAUUGUCCCUUUCAGAUGAAGAAGUGAUUCACAGUCUGUAUUCUAUCCAACAAGCUGUUGAAGCAAGGCCACAGCCAUUUGCAAGUUCCUCUGAGAUAAAAGUGUCAAUCGAAAUUCUCAACUGGCUGUGGAGAGAGAAGAAGCUGGUCAGGGAUGACGUCCCUGUGCCAGUCCUCGCAGGGGGCAAAAACUACACCAUGAAACAAAGCUCAAGUGCAGUUUUCUGUGAUGUAAGCAAAAAUGGGUUAAAUGAGCUUAAGAACAGUCAGGACGAAAUUCAUGUCCUCCACGAGGAAAUCCCUAAAGCGACAGCUGAAUGGUUGAGUGUACGCUUUCUCAGCACCUACAUCCUGGAUCCAGAGUUGGUGGGCAUAGAACAGUGGGGCCAAUCUGAACCAAUAACAACAAGGAUUAAGAACAUUCUCAAAGAGUAUGAUGAAGAAAGCGACAUCUUCAAAGAACUCAUCCAAAAUGCAGAAGACGCUGGAGCAGAGAUCUGUAGAUUCUUGGUGGAUUUCAGAGUCCACCAUGACGCCCCUGAGAGUCUCAUUGACCCAGACAUGGCUCUUUGUCAAGGGCCUUGUCUUUGGGCUUAUAAUAAUGAGCGGUUUACAGAUUUGGAUUGGAAAAAUAUUGUCAGAGUCGGCGCUGCCUCAAAGGAAAACAAAGCGGAGAAGAUCGGCAAGUUUGGACUUGGCUUUAACACUGUGUAUCACGUGACAGAUAUCCCCUCCAUUCUUAGCGGCAACACUCUGCUCAUCCUUGAUCCAAAUGUGACUCACCUGAGGAAGCACAUUAAACACAAAACAAAUCCUGGACUCAAGCUUGAUCUCUCUAAGCAGCAUCUUUUCCGUUGCUUUCCUGGCCAGUUCGGUCCGUAUGAACACAUUUUUGAUUGCAGUUUCAGUAGGCAAAGCCCCCCCGAGCCCUACCCAGGCACCUUGAUUAAACUGCCUUUCCGAACCGAAGAAGAGGCCGUCAAAUCGGAAAUAAGCAAAAAGGUGUUUCACCAACAAAACAUCAACAAUGUUCAGCAGCCUUUUACUAAGAAUGCUCAAGCUCACCUGCUCUUUCUGAAAAACAUCAAUGCAUUAUCCCUACAGAGUAUGUCAAACGAUUCAUCAACUCCACCAAGAGACCAUGAAAUAACAACCAUUCUCACUGUUUCCAAAACCUCUGUGAGAACAAUGAUGGUUCCUGAUCAGAGUUGUGUCUUAAAGCAGUGCGAGGCUAAAAAAGCACUAAUCAAACUUGAUGGUAAAUGUAAAGAGGUGAUUGACUGCUGCAAGGUCCAAAUUGUUCAGAUAACCAGUCAGCAAUCAGGCGUAACUGAAGUCCAGUCUUGGCUCAUCUACAACUGCUUUGGGACCAAUCAGUCCUUCAAAAUGGCUCUUAAUGGAAACAAGCAAGCAUUGUUCUCUUUGCCCAUUGGAGGAGUUGCUGUCCCUUUACAAUCUGGCACAUUGGCCGCAUCGCAGUCUGACCUUGUUGGACAAGCGUUUUGCUUCCUUCCUCUUUCCAUUCACACAGGACUUCCAGUCAAUGUUAAUGGAACAUUUGCUGUGACUAGCAACCGAAAAGGCCUUUGGGAGAGUGGAGUGAAAUAUGAAUGGAACAAAGCUCUUCUCCAGGAUCCUGUUGUGACAGCGUACGUCACUGUUCUCUCUGCACUACAGAAAAUGUCUGAAGACAAGCAACUGGAAGACUACUGCUACCACACAUUCUGGCCUGACCGAGCAAAGGUGCAUGAAACAUUCAAACCACUGGUUGAUGCAUUUUAUGCCACUGUUGCACAGGACAACCGAGAACUCUUCAGUGACGGGGAACGCUGGUGCUCAAUAGACAACGCCAUAUUUCUACAUGAGGCUGUUGAGAAGGAUAAAGUCGUCAAUGCGCUGGUAGUGCAGGUGUGCAGGACAUACAUCAAACCACCCAACCAGGUUGUACCUCUUCCCACGUGGCUGAGAAAUAACUUCAAAAAGGCCGGGCUAGAAAACGUUUUACAGAAGAGAACAUGGGACUGGAAGAGGUUUUACCAAGAGAUUGUGUUCAACAACCUUGGUACCAUGGACUCAGUGACUAGAGACACUUUUGUGCUUCAUGCUAUUGACCUUCAAAUCAAAGAUGUUGACGAUCUACUGGUCAGUUACCCGUGCAUCCCCACAAGAGGUGGGCAGCUCCAGUAUAUCAGUAAACUGGUUAAUCCGUCAGGAAGAGCAGCUUGUCUGUUUGAACCAGAAGAGGGGCGUCUGCUUGGCGGGACUGCAAAGGACUUUUGCUGUCCCCGGAGGAUUCAGCGCUUGUUGGACCUGGGAAUGACCAAUGAUAAUCUCCCCAUGAAGGACCUGGCAGAGAAAGCAAGAGCAAUUAGCCAAACAUGGGGAACCAGCAGGAGCAAAGCAACCGAGAAGCUGAAAUGUCUUCUUGACCUUUUGAGGUCUCACAUGUAUGUAGAGUCUUCACACUGGGAAACGUUGAGAGUGACUCAUUUUCUCCCAGCAUUUACAGCAGGCACAAGAAAUGUGGCACUUAGAAGGCCUUCUGAUGUUUUUAAGGAUAAAUGCUCCCUACUUGUUAACAUGAUCCAACCAGUGCUGGAUCACUCCAGUCUAAACAUACACAAUGAUGACCCGAUCCUGCAGAUUCUGGGAGUUCGUAACAGCCCAAGUCCGGAGAAUGUGCUUGAUCAGCUACAAGAAGCAUGUAAGCAGGCUCAUACCACUGACAUAACCAUGCUCAAUAAAAUAGCAUACGAGUGCUAUAAGUUUCUAGAUCAGUGGAUCAGUAACAAUGGGAUUUCCACUUCAAUGUCACAGAGGGCAAAUUCAUUCCCAUUCAUCCUUGUUGGUAAUAAGUUUGUAAAUGUUGCCAGUGUUGCUGAGGACGAGCAGUUUGAAGCAAAGCCAUACCUCCAUAUGCUCCCAUCGGCCUUCAUUGGUUUUAGGAGCCUUUGGAACAGUCUUGGUGUUGAAAGGAAGUUUACAAUCAACCAGUUUCGAUCUGUGUUCCUGCACCUGCGCACCAAAUAUGGAAGAAAUCCACUGCCAAACAGUGAUCUGUCAAUGUGCCUCACCAUGUUAAACACUGGAAUAUUUCAGGCAAAAGAAAAAACAGCAGAUGACUUCCUGAUCCCCAACACGCGCGGUGUUCUACAACCUGCAAAUGAGCUGUUCUACAAUGACAGCCCCUGGAUGCCAGUGGCCGAAGGUAUUACUCUGUGCCAUGAACACAUCUCCCGUCCGAUGGCUCGCCACUUCAAAAUCAAAACAACCAGGCACCAUACUCUACAAAACCACAUUGCUGAGAACAUUUCACCAUUUGCUUUUGAGUUUGAGCAGAAGGAGAAGCUCACGGUUCGAAUCAAGAACAUCAUUUCAGCCUAUCCAUCAAAGAAGGAUAUCCUUAAAGAGUUGCUCCAAAACGCCGAUGAUGCAGGAGCAACAGAAAUCCAUUUUGUCUGGGACAAACGUCACCACGCUAAAGACAAAACAUUUGGGAAGAGAUGGAACCCACUGCAGGGUCCAGCGCUGUGUGUGUUCAACAACAAGGUAUUCUCUGACAUGGACCUACAUGGUAUUCAGCAACUGGGAGAGGGAGGAAAACACAGCUCUCCAGGGAAGACGGGAAAAUACGGAGUUGGAUUCAACUCUGUUUACCACCUGACUGACUGCCCCUCAAUCCUUACAGGAGAUAAAUUACUUUGCAUUUCUGAUCCCAAUCAAAAGUACAUUGAAAGUCAUUCAGAAAAACCAAGUGGCAUCGGAUACAAACUAGAUGACACUUUCAAGAAAAUGUACAUAGAUGUGUACAACUCCUUUCUUCCAAACCAGUUUGAACUUGAAGUGGGCACCAUGUUCAGACUACCCCUAAGGAUAGGCGCCAUGGCGAACAGCUCUGAAAUAACACAGGAGGGAGUCACUGACCGAGACAUGAAGGAGCUAAUGUCUGCCCUUUCCGAAGAUCCUGAAGGGCUGAUUCUGUUUCUCAAAAAUAUCUGCAAGAUAAAUGUCCAUGAAAUCGAUGGCACUUUAGGGAAGCUUAAAAACAUCUACAGUGUUGAAAAAAGCAUCCCACAGACGUCUAGAGACAAAAAAGAUGAGUUUGAAAAAUGUCUACAAAACGCACUACAAUCUGACAGACCAGUGCCAAACAAGGGCAUCUACGGAACCACAAUUUCCACGUCCGAUAAAAGGAAAACCAACUGGAUCAUUGCAGAACAGUUUGGUUCAGACAGAAACCUUGACGGAAAAAAAAUGUCCUCAGUAAAAAAGCUUCCCCAAGCAGCGAUAGCAGCGCGUGUGAGCCGAAAAAGUGAAUUUCCAAUGUCUUAUUUCAGUGCCACAGAUUUUAGUGGAGCAGCCUUCUGUUCGCUGCCUCUGCCGGGGAAAACUGGACUGCCAGUGCAUGUUAAUGCCAACUUUGAGGUGGAUGCUGCUAGAAGAGGCCUCUGGAAAGAAGAUGGACAAAGCAUAAAAGCUAAGUGGAAUGAAGCCCUGAAAAUCAAUAUCAUUGCUCCACUAUACGCAGAUCUUCUUCAUUACAUCAGCUGUAGCAUUACAGAAAAGAAAGUCACCAGAGUGAUUGGUGAUUUUUUCAACAGGACAUACUUGUGCUUUUGGCCAUCGGUGACCGAACAUGUGGGUCAGGACUGGCAUGAAAUGAUACAUGAAGUGUACAGAUCUGUCAAAGGAAGAGGCCUUGAUGUGAUCCCAGUGAUGAAGAGCUCAUCACGUGUGGCUGCAGGCAGAAACAUUAAAGAGUAUUCAUUUGGCCGGUGUAACGUCAUAGACACUGAACCAACAAAGGCCCCUCAUCUGGCAGAACCACACGAUGAGUCGUUGAAUGACAUUUUGGAAGAUCUUGAAAUGAAACUUGUCCCUUUCUCCGAUCAAAUGCACAAGGUCUGGAAAUGCUUCAAAUCUGCUGGUAUUGAUUUAAAAGAGGUAAAUCCUUCAUCCGUUCAGGCUUUUCUGAGAGAAAAACCUCUUGGUGACCCAAACCAAACACCUAAGGGGUUACCCCUGCCCAUAAACGCUACCCUAAUCAGAAAUGAAGCAACAUGCGCAAAGCUCCUCAGUUUCUGCCUAAAGGAUCCCUCCUUAAAAACCACCCUCAAGAAAAACCCCAGCUUCCUCAAUGGGCUUCCACUACUGCUUACAAAAGAUAAAGUUUUGAGAGUCUUUAACUCAGACUCACCAAAGUUGAUUUCCAGAUAUGACAAUCUGUUUGUUGGUUAUGAGGAAAAGUUUGCAGAUUCUUUGACCAAUAAAGACCACAUAGCGGUUUUAGAAUCCUGCAAAGUUGUCAACAAACUGACCCUUCGCUCUGCAGUGACUGAUCUGAAGCCGUUAAGUCAACGUCUUCUUCAAAACUGUGAGCGUGAUCCACACAGUGGUCUUCGUGCCCCAGAUGAGACAAUGCUUAAAUGGCUGAAAUCACUUUGGGAAUAUUUAAUAGAUGAAGUAACUCUGUACUCAACAUCUACCACUGAUGAGAAACCAGUAACAAUAAGUGAUGUGAGGCAGCUGUUCAGCGACUGCUGCAUUUUACCUGUUGUCUGUCCCAGGUUGAACAACAAGAGCUUCCUGACGACGAUGAAAGACAUGCCGAGUGUCAUUCACUUCUCCUCAGACCGUGACGUAUCAGGCAUCCUCUUUAAACUUGGCUUCUUGAAAUUCAACGGUGUAUUCUUGCGUGAGAUAUUGGUAGAUCGACAGUUCCACUCACUUCUACACGAUGAGCUUAUGGAUGUGAAAGAUCAAAGCUCCGUUUUGGACCAGGUCUACAAAGUUCAGCAUUCAGAGUUUUCCCAACUUUCCAAUGAAGAGAUGAAAGAGCUUCAGACCUUCCUGCAGUCUGGAAUAUGUAAAGCCAAAGACACUCAGAUGUAUCAGAGACAGCUGAAAUCCUUACCCAUAUUUGAAACGAUACAUGGUAAACGACUACGGAUUGAUGGCCUUAAGCCUGUGUAUCUCCUGAGGAGCAGCCUUUUGACCACCUUUGCAGAUGUCUUCUCUCUGUCUUCUAACGACAGCAUUUUCCUUAAAGACACCACAGAAAACCACAGUCUGUCUGAAACACUGGACAUCUCAGUUCUGACUGACUUAACCUAUUUCAUGAAAUUCAUCCUGCCUGUUGUACACAGUCUCUCAGAGAGUCAGACUCUUUGCUGCCUCAAGCUGUUACUUUUUCUACAACAUGAUUACAGUUAUACUACUCACAAUGACCAAAUCAUCUCCUCAAUGAAGACAGUGAAAUUAAUCCGCAGUUCUAAAGGCAGCUUGGAGAUGGCAUCAUAUUACUUUGAUGAGAGCGUUGAGCUGUUCAAGAAAAUGUUGCCCCAGGAGAGAUUUGUGCCUAAAGGUUUUUGGACCAUGAUGUGUAAUGGAAAUGUACAACAACAAGGACAACUAACAACACUUCUCAAAAAACUGGGGAUGAAGCAUGUUGUGUCAGAAGAUGAUUUAGUCAAUUUUGCAAAGCAGCUGGAAUCUGAAAUAGAAGGAAACGGUCAACUUGACGACUUGAAGGUUAAAUCAAGAUUGGUUUUGCAUGAAACCUUGAGUGCCAUCAACAAGAAGGACAAUCUGCUGAAGAGCAUCGCAGACAUAAAGUUCAUUUUCCCGGUGGUGAUUGAAAAAGCGUUGCGUGACUAUCACCAACCAUUUGCCACUAAGGGAACUGCAGUGAAAAUCAGAGGGUCUUUGAUAGAAACAGAUGGAAACCAUCAGGAACUGAUUUGGUCUUCAAUGCCCAUUAUACAUUUACCAGUUUAUCGGACACAGAGGAUCAUGCAAAUGAUGAAGGAUGCUGGGGCUCAUGAUCAACCACCUCUGGAAUGUGUAACGAGGAACAUGGUCAACAUCUGUCAGUCUCCCUGUAAAACCGAUGCAUUGAUCCAAACCCGAGCUAAGGUGUUCCGAUCAUCUUAUGCCUACCUGCAAGCCAACAGGUUUAAAUCGGACCAGCUGGCUGGCCUCCCUGUGGUUCUCGUCGAAAAAGACAAAGAGCUCGUCAGGACGGAUGCUGUGUGUCUUACCCUUAAAUGUAACGAAGACUUCAGACCAUAUUUGUUCCAGAUUUCUCCACAGGAUGUCUUACUUACAGAGUUCUUUAAGACAAUUGGUGUGAAUGAGAAUCCCACUGCCGUGCAGUAUUGUAAUGUUCUGGCGGCUGUUUAUGCUGAAACACGUGCUAAAAGCCAACUACAAGCAAACCAAAUGCAAACUGUCGGGCGCGCUGUUCAACAGCUGUUUUGCUUAAUCAAAGAAUCCAAGUCCAACAUUGAUGACGUACACACUUUAUAUCUUCCCGCAGCUGAUGGCAAACUGCAGUCAUCAUGCGAACUGUACUACAACGACACAGUGUUCAAUGCUAAAAGGUUAGAGGAGGCGCUGGAGCAAAGGUUCACGCUGCUUGAGAAACUCAGUGAAUGCCAUUUGGGCAAUGACGCGUAUAAGCACCCUGAGUUCCUGCAAAUGCUGCCGCAGAGGCUCCGGCCCAGAAUGCUUUCCCAGCUCACAGAGGAGCGAGUAGACGAGUCCAACAUUCAGCUUUGUGAGUUUGACACUGGCUGUGAAUUUCGUGGCUGGUUUGACAAACAUCUGUCGUCAAGGGCAUUCAGACAUGGCCUAAUUUGUCUGAUUAGACACCAUUCUAAGGGGAAGACGAGCCACGACGAGGCUGCUGAUAUGUGUAAGCAGACCUUUGGCUCCAUUAGGAUCCUUUGCUGCAAAAGCCUGAAAACACAGCUUUGGCUGAACAACUCACCACUUCACAAAACUGCCAGAGAAACAGCUGUCUAUGUUAAACAAGAGCAACAAGGUUGCAUCUUUUACUUAAAACACAAUGACCGCUUGCCUCAUAAGGUGAUAAAUAAUAUCUGUAUCACACUGACAAAGGAGAUUAAUGCUCUUCUAAAUAACAGAAUUGAAUCACAUCACCUCUUAGCCCUUGGACAGCUUCUCAUGUGUGACAGUCUGGAAGAGGUUCAGGAAAUUCUGGCUGAACAUGAUAUCCGUGAAAGCAUUGAAGCUAAAAGUGGCCUCUUCACUCCACCGGCGCCUGGGACGGACAUUCCAGAGGAGUGGCACGAUGCUUUAGACAUGGACAUCCUCAAUAACUUAGAGGAGGGAGAGUAUGUUGGCUACAACACUGACGACAAGUACAUUUAUGCAAUUAUUGUUAGAGAACUGCCCGGGCAGUCCGGUCAGUAUUCACGCAGGUACCUAAUAGACAUUGGAGGAGAUGAGCCAGUGGAAGUCAGCUGUCUUGACCUGUUUCAGUUUAAACGGGAGAAGAAGCAAAGGCCUGAAGGCAGGACUGACCCUGACCCGUCUGCAGAAGCGACUUGCAUGGAACUGGAGCCACUAGCAGGUGGUGUGCCACAUUUUUCCCAACCAUCAUCUGCACCGAGGUCUUCACCAGCUUCGCUCGAUGAAGCUAAGAAGGAAAUUGACAAAUGCUUGGCAGAAAUCUGGAGUCUUCCUGAGGACGAAAGGGUCAAAGCCAUCAGACGACUGUACCUGCGAUGGCAUCCUGACAAAAAUCCCGACUGCGAAUUUAUCGCCACAGAGGCAUUUAAAUAUUUGAAGAAUCAAAUUGAGGCACUCAGCAAAGGCAAAGCCAAAACUUCAGGUUCACCCGGCCCAAGAGCUCCGGAAAACUCCCAUUUUAGAGACUUCUACCAGCAAUGGAAUCAGGAGGCCAGGCAUCACAGGACCAGUAGGGAGCGCUUCAGGAGCUCCUCCUACAACUUCUGGGAUUUCUAUGAAGAUGCCCCGAGGCCAGACAGUGAGGAGGCCCAGCGGUGGUUCAGACAGGCUCGCUGUGAUCUCCAAGCAGCUGACAGUGACCGUGGGAGGAGCACCGAAUGGUGUCUGUUUAAAGUCCACCAGGCAGUUAAGAAGGCUCUCAUAGCUGCCCAGUAUAAAAAAUGUGGGCAGCAGUCGAGCAGCGACUCCAUUUCAGCCAUGGCUAGAAAGGUUGCCCUGUACAGCAGUCAGCUCAGAGUUCUGCCCCACCUCGUGGCAGGUCUGCAGCUGCUGGGGGUAGAUCCCCAGAAGACUCAGUAUCCCAACUGCCACCCAAAACCACACAUUCCUAACGAACGGUUCAAACCAGAGGCUGAAACGCAAGCAGUGAGGGAAGCGUCUGAGCUGCUCAGCAUUGUCCAAGCAUAUAUCUGUUAGAGGCAAGACAAACGUCACGUUGGCAAAAUCAGCUUACGAUUAUUGUAUUUAACUCAAGUGUAGUUACUAAAGUAGUAUUACAGUACUUAAACAUAUGUAGAACUACAUCAUCUAACUUAAAUAAUAUGAUUGCAAGCUGUAGUAAACAUUACUAAACCAAAAUUGUAACUGUGUUGUUAUAUAUUGCCUAUUUUGAUUGUUUAGUUUAUGACUUCUUUUUCUAAGUAAUCACUGAGAAUCAGAAUAAUCAGUUUUGACUGUUCAGUAUUUUUUUUAUUAUUAGUUAUCAUUAUCAUUGAGUUACAGGAUUAAUUAUCAUUUAUAAUUAAUCAAUACAGUAUAAUCACUAUGACUCUACAGUAUAUAAGAAUCUGUAAUUUUGUUUCCUGUAGUACAAAAUGUUUAACUGUUACCUUUUGAUUCAAUUUGCUAAGUAAACAAUGAAACAUAUAAAAUCUGCACUAAAGAAUUAAUGUUUGUUUUUCUGUUUUAAACAUUAUAAUAAAGUUAUCACUUAAACCUUUGGGCACUAAA